GAGCUGCAUCAGUAAUGGGGCACAGUGUGAGGCUGGGCUGGAGAAAGCACCAUCGCCCCCCCGACCCGCGUCAGCAUUGGUGCCGAUAAGCCUUUGUGCUCGCAAAGACUAGAUAAGUGGGACAGAGCACUUACACGCAACGGCCUGUCAUCUCUGCGCAGGCGGGCAGCCGCGGCUGUGCUUUUAUCACUGCGGUGACAGCGUAUGUCAACGAUGGACAGGCAAUUCCCAUGUGAGGUGGACGACUGGCAACUAACCUGUCCCGUGCCACUCCCGAAGGGGGUGUGGUCAUAAUAAAGGGGAAUCAGUGGAAGAGGCUGACAGCUUCAGACUGUUGGGGCGUGGCCUAUAAGUUAAUAGACCGAACACAACUCUGAUAUGCUAACACAGCUUCGAUACACUAACACAGCUAUGAUACACUAACAAAACUCCCUCACACUAACACAGCUAUGAUACUCUAGCACAGCUCCCUCACAGUAACACAACUCUGUUACGCUAACACAGUUUCCUCACACUAACACAACUCUGAUAUGCUAACACAGCUCCCUCACACUAUCACAGCUAUGAUACACUAACACAGCUAUGAAACGCUAACACAGCUCCCUCACACUAACACAGCUCUGAUACGCUAACACAGCACCCUCACACUAACACAGCUCUGUUACACUAGCACAGCUCCCUCACACUAACACAGCUAUGAUGCGCUCAGAUUCAUAGGCCUGGAGAAGCUUGGGACUCGCCAGGCAGCACAAGCCCAGCCGCUGCACCUGUCCCUGGGAAGCCUGCAGCGGGCAACACGCCUCACCAGGGCUUUUCCUUAAGCAUGUGUGUGUGCUGUUUAAAGUCAGCGAUAAAAUGCAUUUAGCCUGACACAGCUGGGUGGAAAAGAUUUAGGGGGGUAUUAGCAGUAAAUGAAGAGACAGUUAUUAACUGGAGUGUGAUUUGGCAGUCCUGAACACGGCUCAGGUAUUAAGCACACAUUAAUUUGAACCACACCUCUGCGAGCUUUGGGGGAGGGUGGCUGUGCAGCACAGAGAUAAGGUAGGCAAGUAGACGGGAGGUCAGGAAGCAGGAAGGUGGGAAGCAGGCAGGCAGUUGGGAAGCGGGUGAGCAGGAAGUGGGUUGUGGUGGGGAAGCGGUUGAGCAGGAAGAGAGUGGGUGGUCGGGAAGCGGACAGGCAGGCAGGAAGAGAGUGGGUGGUUGGGAAGCGGGCUGGCAGGCAGGAAGAGAGUGGGUGGUCGGGAAGCGGACAGGCAGGCAGGAAGAGAGUGGGUGGUCGGGAAGCGGACAGGCAGGCAGGAAGAGAGUGGGUGGUUGGGAAGCGGGCUGGCAGGAAGCAGGUGGGUGGUUGGGAAGCGGGCAGGCAGGAAGCAGGUGGGUGGUUGGGAAGCGGGCAGGCAGGAAUCAGGUGGGUGGUUGGGAAGCGGGCAGACAGGAAGCAGGUGGGUGGUUGGGAAGCGGGUGAGAAGGAAGCAGACUGGUGGCCUGGAAUCAAAGCAAAAUCAUUCCACCUUAUUCAGUGCUUUUGAAUGAUAGAGUGCGGGGGGGAGCGGUGCUGAAAGGUGGGUGGGGGUAACUGUUCUGUGAGAGGUUUACAAGCUGACAUGCAUCUUGAAAUCGUUUAAUCGAACAUUAUGUUCCACAGGCAUCCAGAAUUAUAAUUCUAAUGGCGCAGAUGUGCUUCUUGUCCCGGGUCGUGGGACGGCAUGGUCCAAUGCUAAACCCAAGUUCUGUGGGGCCAUGAAGCGGAAGCAUCUUCUCUAGCAAGCAAACAAAUUUCAGAGAGCAGACUGAGCUUGGGGGUGAUUUAAAGGAGGCGCUGGUGGCCGUAUGUCCUCUCAGCGUCCCUCUCUGUCUGUCCUCGUCCCCAACAGAGAGCAAGGAAAUGUACAAGAGGCAGGUGCUUUCCAUCUCCUGCAUCACGGCGGGAAUCAGCCUCCUGGGAACAUUCUGCAUCGCCCUCUACUGCCGCAACAAGCGGCGCAGUGAGAAGCUUCAGGCCCACCUGAAGGAGUGUCGCAGCCUGAAGUGCUACAGCUCCUCGGGGCUUCUGCCCAAAUCCAGCCUGAGGCCUCAGUGCGGCCUGCACCUGCAGAGCUAUGGAAAAGGUAAUGGGUCCUCCACUCCACACGGGGUCGCCAUUCGCAAAGUGGGCAUCCCGCAGCACUGCGCCGUGCCUGCCACCCGUCCCAGAGCCCCGCCCCCCGGGAAGCACCACAGCCCCAGCCAGCGAGCACGCCUCGCCCGACCCCACCGGACCCCACCCACUCCACGGGGACGCCUCAAUCCCAUUGGUGGCUGCAGGGACUCUGGACCCAUCUACCAGCACCUGCAGGAGGCCCAGUCCUCAGAUAGGGAGGCGGAGCCUUUACAAGAGUGUCCCAUCCUCAAGGCGGAUGGAGGUGGCGCACAGGACACCUCAUUAAAUAUGCAAGCCCCUGCCUCUGCUGUGGGUGGGCACCCAGAGGGCCCCGCCCCCUCGCCGUCAUUCCGCACUUGCUCCAUUCCCAUAAUCCCCUCUGUCCAGGGACAUUGCGGGGUUUCCUGUGAGCCAAUGGCUAACCUGGAUGCUGGCUGCCGUUGUUCGUUGCCACAAGGCCAGGUGGGGGGUCGCCCCUGUCGUCUGAGCACCGCCCAUCCUGCAGUGACGAGUGGAGGACAGCAGGGGUCGCCCUUUGCACUGGAAGCUAGACAGCGCCUCAGGGCCCUACCACAUAGCUACAGGAAGGCAGACGAUUGUGGUGCCAAGAAGAUGGACCAUUUCCCAUCAGCCACUGGAACUGAGACUAACGCACUGGCCCAGAAUGGACCUACAUUAGUGCAUCUGAGAGAAACAAUUACAGACUCUGUCUGGGUCAACCAGUGAAGCAGCUUAAGGGCGUGGCCAUCUUCUCUCUUUGGACCAAUCACAAACAAUGUGUUGGAUUUAAAACUCUGCAAACCUCAUGCAGGAAAGAGACAAGACAAGAAACACGAACAACAUUACGAAACACUGAAAAAAUGUGAAUAAAAAAGAGUGGAAAUAUUAACAAAACAAAGGAUGGUUUAGGGUGGAAAAAAACAAAUUAAAAAUAUGAAUAAUUUAUAUGUAUUUAUUUAAACAAGGAGCUUCUACUUAGAAAGAAAACCAAAUAGUCUGUCAUCUCCAUGGUGUUUUUAAUUGUUAAAAAAUAAAGAUGAGGAAUAUGG